AUGGAAAAUUAUUUUUUUUGCUUUGGAUGUGGAAAUAAUAAGGAUUAAUUAAAAUUUAGCAUAAAAUUUGUAGAAUAGAAGGGUAUUCAUAUCUUAGAUUGCUUGGAUUGCAAAUUCAAAACAGUUUGUAUAAAAUGUACAAGUUGCUAAAAUUUGAAGUAAUAAAUUUUGGCAAUGCCUUAGAUUUUGUAAAUAUGGAGACCUCAACACGAUAACAUUUUGUAAUUGUGGGGCAAAGCAAAGAAUAUUCGAAUGCAAAUUUUGUAAAUGUCCUUAAGCAAUCAAUGGGGGGAACCUAAAAUAAAGUACAAAAAUCAUUUGUUUCUCUUGCAAAAAUUGUUUUUACAUCGUAAAUUGCCCUGGAUGCCAAAAUAUGAAAAUACUGAAUACUACUAACGAGAUAAAUUACUGCGAAAAUUGCAAUUCACAUUUUUAGAUUGAUGAUUGCAAAAUUUGUUAAGAAGAUGCGUUUUCAAGAGAAUAAUUUGAACCCUUCAUAUUCAGAUGCUCAAAUAAUCAUCAAUAUUAAAGACUAAUUUGUUUGAAUUGCAAGAAACCAAAUAAAUUAAAUAUUACUAACAAUAAAAACUAUUAAUGCCAACACUGCAAUACUUAAAUGAAGCUAAUUUCAUGUCUGUGUGGUUAAAAACAGAUAAUGAGAAAGCCUGAAAAUAAUUAACUUGAACAAUUCAGUUGUAAAGGCUGCAGAUUAAACUAUCAAAUUCUUAAAUGUAAAUCUUAAGGUUGUCUUGGAGAGCUUCUCAAUUUAGAAAGGCCUCGAACGAGAGCAUCUGAAAAUGGACCAUUCAUUGAAAUUGUGAAUUCCAUUUGUUUCUAGUGUAAAAAAGAACAAUUUAUCCCUUCAUGUUUAAGGUGUAAUAUGCUACAGGAACCAUACUUAGAGAAAAGGGAUAAACCUAAUAGGUGUUAAGGAUGCCAAUAAGAUUUUAUUGAAGCAAAAUAUCGUGAAUGUGUUAUCUGUUGUAGUCAACUUGCUGAUUCAAUACUCAUACCUUGCAAACAUGUUUGUGUUUGUAAUUCAUGUCUGUCAGGCAUUAAGGAUUGUCCUAUAUGUCGAAGGAUUAUAUAAGAUAGAUUUAAAAUUUUCUUAAAUUGA